AUGCAAAACGUCGUUGUGAUCUGGCUCGACAAUCGUAUUGAUCAUAAUAAUGCUGAUUGCCAGUUAACAAUUGCACAACUUGAACACAUUACUGACAAUGUCACUACAUUCACGGAUAAUGACGAAUGUGUCGAAUAUAUACUCAAUUGUAAUGACCAUCAAGUCUAUCUAAUCGUUUCUGGUGCACUUGGACAAUAUCUUGUGCGUUGUAUCCACGAUAUUCCUCCAUUACACUCGAUUUUCAUCUUUUGUCAAAANACGGCCAUACCACGUUGA